GGGUCUCGCUGCAGAUCAGCACUCGUUCUGCUCCACCGCUCGUCCGCUGGUCUCCCAGUUUGCAGUCGGAGUCAGAUUGGCAGCUCAAUCAUGGUAAGUCCUGAACAGAAAGUGGUCCUGAUCACCGGCUGCUCCUCCGGGAUCGGCCUGAGGAUGGCCGUGAUGCUGGCCAAGGAUGAGAAGAAGCGCUAUCACGUAAUAGCCACGAUGCGGGACCUGAAACGUAAAGAUAAGCUGGUGGAAGCUGCUGGGGACGCAUACGGAAAAACUCUCUCUCUGGCUGUGCUGGAUGUCUGCAAUGAUGAGUCUGUCAAACAGUGCAUUGACAGCAUCAAAGAUCGACACGUGGACGUCCUUAUCAACAACGCAGGCAUCGGUCUGGUGGGUCCAUUAGAAAGCAUUCCUAUCGAAGAAAUGAAGAAAGUCUUUGAGACUAAUUUCUUCGGCGUCAUCCGGAUGAUCAAGGAAGUGAUGCCGGACAUGAAGAAAAGAAGAGCGGGACACAUCAUUGUGGUCAGCAGUGUGAUGGGACUACAAGGGGUUGUGUUCAACGACGUCUACGCCGCUUCCAAGUUUGCCAUGGAGGGCUUUUGCGAGAGUUUGGCUGUGCAGCUUUUGAAGUUUAACGUCAUCCUGUCGCUGAUUGAGCCAGGACCGGUGCACACAGAAUUCGAAGCCAAGAUGAUUCAGGACGUGAAGCAGAAGGAGUAUCCUGGAGCGGACCCUGAUACUGUGCAUUACUUCAAGAACGUCUACCUUCCCUCCUCUGUGGACAUCUUUGAGGCACUUGGACAAACGCCGGACGACAUUGCAAGAUGCACCAAGAAAGUGAUCGAAGCGAGCCGACCCCGUUUCCGUAACCUGACCAAUCCACUGUACACGCCGAUUGUUGCACUGAAAUACGCCGACGAAACUGGAGGGCUGUCCGUUCACGCAUUCUACCACAUGCUCUUUAACAUGGGCCCUCUGAUGCACGUCAGUAUGACUGCCAUGAAGUAUCUCACCUGUGGAUGUCUGAGGAGAAGGACAAUUUCACCAAACUAAAAACCAGCGUGUUUUGGCAAAGCACUUCUUCUUUGUUUUCAUACAACCACAAAAAUUUCAAACAUUUUACAGUCCAAUGUCAUGCUAACUGAUGUAGAAUGUGCAGAACAUGCUGUAUUUAUUGUUUCACAAUACUCUCUUUGGGUUUGUGUUGAGGCAGCACUGUGGUUAGAUCCUACAAGAUCAUAUUCAGUGCCAAAUUUGUUGGGCUUUGCAAAAUUCCUCUUAAAACGUAGAGCAACUGAUAUUAUGCAUGUGAGUAAUGGAGGUUGGAAUGGACUGUAAAUUUGGACUGUGGGUGCUAAAUGCUGCAGUACUGGACAAAAGAAAACAAAUGUUAAGAAAAAGCAACAGCAUUUUAGAAAUGAAACAAGAUUCAAGAAAGUAGUUUAGAUUAUGGCACAUUGAAAUUAAAACAAAAAUGUGUCAGAAGGGAUUAUUAUCAAAACAAUAAAAGAAAAUCAUGCUGGGAUAUUAGACAAAGAUUCAGCAUAGUUUUACAUAACUAAACAAGGAAUGAAUGGGAAUGCAGUAUAAGCCUAUGUGACUUUGCAUUGUUUUUUCAUUUUUUUCCAAUUCUCCCAUAGGUUUGGUAACAGGCAGGUUACGCCACCAGGAGUGCUGUGACCUUUUAACACGUUUUCUGGAACAUGUUUUGUGAACCCCUGUUCAUUUAGAUUUGGAUUUUGGCCAGUCCGCAGUCCUCUUUUUGACCAAUUAUUUUGCCAGGUUUUAAUUUGUGCAGUUGGGCAGGCCCACCAUGUUCAUGGCUGUAGCAGUUUAGAUUUUGAGAAACAUACUUUUAAAAUUACCUAAAAUUUAAAACAAUAGUUUUUUUCUUUUCUUACAAAAAUCUUGUAGAUAGCAAUAUUAGAAGCUAUCAUGACCAAAAGUGUCAAAAGCUAUGUUGUGUGUUAGUUUUUAACAUUGUUACACAUGUGAAUGCUUGAGCAUGUAUCAUUUUGACCCUUUGUGGUUCCAGAGAAAUUCCCUAAUAAACUGAAACUUUACCUGG